AUGAAUCCCUACGAGGCAGAUCCAGCUAAGAUCCCAGAGACGGAUCGCUUCGCAGACGUCCCGCUGUAUGGCCGCUACUAUCCCAGGCCAGACGACUUCAAGCCUGACAAGAGGCACUGCAACUCUACCACGCCUGAAUCGCUGGCGUACUGGGAAGAGGUGCUGAAGCUGUGUGAUACCACAGUCCGAAUCUACGAAAACACAGACGGAGGUCGCGAUGUUUUUGCCCUGGAGACAGAGCUCAAGGGAAGACGUGCAUGCCGCGAUUACUCGCUGGCUGAUGCGAAUGAGGUCAAAGCUACCGCGCUGGUUAAGGGGAUUGUGAAGGAUAUAGCUAUCCCAGAGAUAUAUUUUGCUGGAAAGAUUAAUGGCCAGGCUGUCCUGGUGCAGUCGCGUAUCCCAGGUGUUGGAUUGAAUAUUGCUUGGCAGUAUAUUGGAGCGGACAAGAAGGCAUCGUUCAAGCAGCAGGCAAGGGACUUUCUGCGCCUUUUGAAUGCCCAAAAGUCUCCCUUUCCUGGGCCAUCAUACGUUGUCCCGGACUCAAAGCCAACGGCUCACCGAGGGAUUCAAGAUAAGGAAGCUGAGAUCCUGUUCCAGAAUGCUGAUGUCAGCGAUUGUGGGCUAAUGCACAAUGACCUGACUCAUUCAAACAUCAUUGUCGAUAACGAUAAGAUUGUCGGCGUCGUUGACUGGGAGAUGGCGGGUUAUUUUGGAUGGGAGAGGGCUGCCAACGUUCACCUGUCUAUUAGGUCAUUGACAAGAGAAUGUUUCGCACACUUGGAUCUCGACGAGGAGUUUCUAUUAGACAUCAUAUACUGGAACGAUCUGUAUGACACGGAUCACUGA